CCUCGGUACAAGGCAGACAAGGUUGCUGCCAUGUACCAAACACACCUCAUUCACCAUAUUACUGCCCCAUACCUCCUCGCAACAAGGCUCAGUAUUCGCCAGCCUUGCGUCAACCUGGCAAGACAGCUCCUUCUUCGAUAGCCUGGCCGAGUUCCGCAACAAUCAACAGCUCACCUGAUAACCAGAGUCUUGCCGCUUCAAAAUGUCGAUGGACAGGGAUCUCAUUGCGCUCGUCAACAAGCUUCAGGACACCUUCAAUGCUAUCGGAGGCGAUGCUGUCGAUCUGCCGCAGAUCGUUGUGGUCGGAUCCCAAUCUGCCGGAAAGUCUUCAGUAUUAGAGACUAUCGUCGGACGAGACUUCUUGCCUAGAGGAAACGGGAUCAUCACUCGAAGACCGCUCAUCCUCCAGCUCAUUCACACUCCCAACCCGGCCGUACCCAAGAAUCAGGAUGGGUCCGAGAGCUCCCUACCUCACCCUUCGCCGCCUAUGACCGAAUAUGCCGAAUUCUUGCAUCUGAACAGGAGGUUUACGGAUUUCGAGGAGAUUCGAAGGGAGAUCGAGGCAGAGACUUUCCGGGUCGCAGGGCAGAACAAGGGCAUCUCGAAACUGCCCAUCAACCUGAAGAUUUACGGCCCAGGGGUGCUCAACCUCACUCUGGUCGAUUUGCCCGGUCUCACUAAGGUCCCGGUUGGGGAUCAGCCUACCGAUAUCGAGCGACAGAUCAAGAAUCUCAUUGUGGAUUACGUCUCGAAGCCCAACUCCGUGAUCUUGGCGGUUUCCCCUGCAAAUGUCGAUAUCGCCAACUCCGACUCGUUGAAGCUAGCACGUUCCGUCGAUCCUCGCGGUCUGCGAACCAUCGGAGUCCUCACAAAGCUCGACUUGAUGGACGCCGGCACGAACGCCUUGGACAUCCUCACGGGUCGUACUUACCCCUUGAAGCUCGGAUUUAUCGGGGUGGUGAACAGGAGUCAACAGGAUAUCAACGCUGGGUACCCGAUGGAGGACGCGUUGCGAAAGGAGGAAGAGUUUUUCGCUAGACAUCCUGCGUACCGAAACCUUGCUCAUCGGUGUGGAACAAAGUACCUGGCUAGGACAUUGAAUCAUGUUCUUAUGAACCAUAUUCGAGACAAGUUGCCGGAUAUGAAAGCCAGGCUCAACACGUUGAUGGGUCAGACUCAGCAAGAGCUCAACAACUUUGGCGACACGACGUUCCUUGGCGAACAACAUAGGGGAUCAUUGAUCUUGAAACUGAUGACGGAAUUUGCGCGUGAUUUCGUCUCCUCGAUCGAAGGUACAUCGCUCGAGAUCUCUACCAAAGAGCUCUGCGGAGGCGCCCGUAUCUACUACAUCUUCAACGACGUCUUCGGCCAAGCACUGGAAUCGAUCGACCCCACUCACAACUUGACGACACAGGAUAUCCGGACCGCCAUCCGAAACUCUACUGGUCCCCGUCCUAGUCUGUUCGUGCCCGAGGUCGCCUUCGAUUUGCUCGUCAAGCCUCAGAUCAAGUUAUUGGAGGCACCGAGUUUGAGGUGUGUCGAGCUCGUUUACGAAGAGCUCAUGAAGAUCUGUCACAACUGUACCGGUGCUCAAGAGCUCGCGCGGUUCCCGCACAUGCAUGCCCAGCUUGUCGAAGCGGUCUCGGAGCUGCUACGUGAAAGGCUGGGACCUACAUCGGAAUACGUCAGCAGUCUGAUCGGCAUCCAAGCCGCUUACAUCAACACCAACCAUCCCGAGUUUGUGGCUGGAUCGGCCGCUAUCGCGCGCGGGGAGUUGCCCCAGGGCCAUAAUGUUCCAGUCAUCAAGAAGCCUCAGUCGGAAAAGUCGCAUGACGACGACGAUGUGUCAGAUUCGGAGGUUGAAGACGUACCUCCCAUGAACGGUGGUGGCCCUCGUGGAUCGGUCAAAUCGCGUACGGUCUCGCAAUCCCAGCAUGACAACCGCAACCGGCCGCAAACCAUCGCACCUACUCCUAAGCAUUUCAACGAUUUGAAGGGGGAUGGCAGCAAACACCCUCGCUCCGCUUCAUCUAACGCCGCGAUGACUGGUGCCACAACUGCCAUGCUCAACAUGAGUCACGCGCACCAAAGUAGUACAUCGCCGAACACUGCUCGAGAGACCUUUUUGAACUACUUUUUCGGGGGCGUCGGUCCUGCUGGUCAAGCUGGUCCUAGCCACGGUGGCAUCCAACAGAAAGGCCCGGCCGGUGGAGCGCGUGACCUUUUGCCGGAUCUCGGUCACCGACGCUCUCAGAACACGGGGGACAGACUGGAAGCUGGCCCGGCUUACGAUAUGAAGAGCCUUGGAAAGCACCUCGAAGCUUCUGCGCCUGAUCAUGGUCACAACUUGACACCACGAGAGGAGAUGGAGACCACGCUCAUCCGGUCGCUGAUUGCAUCCUACUUCAACAUCAUCCGACGGACGAUACAGGAUCUUGUGCCGAAAGCCAUCAUGCACCUCCUCGUCAACUUUUCGCGAGACGUGGUUCAACAGCGUUUGGUCACCAAUCUCUACAAGCCAGACUUGUUCGGCGAGCUACUUUACGAAGACGAGGCCUUGGUCACUGAGCGAACGAGGAUCAAGACCCUUCUAGACGCCUACAAAGAGGCGUUCAAAGUCUUGUCCGAGGUCUCGCUCAAGUCCACAUGAACAAAAACUAUAUGGACGAUCCCAAGUUAGCAGCGAUGACCGUAGAAUGACCACUCCUUGUAACGACCAAGCAUACUACUGUGUUCCUACCGGAAUAUCUUUUACCAGUACAACCUUCCUGUUGCGAACUUGCCCUCAGUCUCAC